AUGCGAUCACAAUGGCUCACUCUGGGGCUCGGUUUUCUCAUCCUUGGUUCCGUCUGGCUCACGUCAACACAGAUUAGCACGCUCGGCGCGGGCUGUGCUGGUGAUCGCGGUCCCGCUCAAGCUCCUGUCGAGGAGUUGUCGGAUGUGUCGCGCUCCAGGACUGUCCAUCUUUGCAUUUGCAGCGAUGAUCCAGACUUUCGCCCCGCCGUGGUGGCCAUUCGGUCGGCAGUGUCAUCAUCACCGCAGUCGCAUCGGUUUGUGUUUCACUUUGUCACAACGCAAGAGCUGUCAACUCGCUUCCUGAAUGUGGCGAAGCUGCAGCUUCCCGGCAUACGUGUAGAGGUACAUGCUGACGAGGAGCUGCAGCAGGCUAUCCAAAGCCGCAUCUUGUUUCGGAAGGGAGCAGGUCGGAAGGUCUUGGCAAGUCCGUUCAACUUUGCACCGUUCUACUUGCCGCACUUCUUGUUGGCCUCAAGCCAGACCUUCCACACACAAACGGAGAGGCUGAUAUACUUCGACGCAGACAUUGUUAUUCUCGGUGACCUCGCCCAGCUCUUUGACAUGGACAUGCAGGGCAAAGUUUGCGCUGCCGUGCCUUACUGCCAUCAACGGCUCAAAACAUACAUCAACUUUGAUGUCCUCCACAGCCUCGGCCAUGAAGGGAUCGACCCGGAUUCCUGCAUCGCAAACCGAGGGCUUCUUCUCAUUGACGUUCAAGUUUGGAGUGCUAUGAAGAUCACAGAGUCAAUAGAGAAUUGGUUGGAUGUGUAUCGCGCUUCCGACGUGGACCUUUGGGUCGGUGGCAUGUCCCAGCCACCAUGGCUGCUUGCGAUGAACGGAAACUAUACGCGCCUGUCGGAUGAUUGGAACUGCAACAGCUUGGGGCGACAUUCCAUGAUCCCGGCGGAGGCGGCGGUGCUGCGAAAUCUCGGGUUUGAAGACACUCACCUGCAGGAGCUGCAUGUGGAGCCUGUUGCCAAUGGUUUGAACCCAUAUGUUGUGCUUUGCAGCAGCACCGGAAAAAUAUUGCAUUACAAUGGCGCCAUGAAGCCAUGGCUUCUUGACAGCGACACAAUUUCAGUUCCG